AUGUGGACUCGAAAAGGACAAUCAUACUUCCCUUGGGCUCCAGCUCUCUUAACAUUAGCUCUACUUCGGGCUUCAGCAAACGCGAUACUCUCUGCUAAUGAGACUAUUUCUGAUGGUGAUAAAGUCUUGGGCGCAGAGCCUGAGCCUUGUUCAAUUUCAGAUGCAGAGUUUGACCGGAUGGAAGGUCAAAUGCCAGAUUUUUUUCCACUCAACAUCGGAUCCGCCUCAUCUGCAGCCAAUCACAGCGAGUCUGGCAGUCUCGAUCAAAUCACUCUCAACAAACGCAGUACGGCGACCGAAAAAGCCAAAUCUACUGCUGUCAACUCAUCUGGUGACAAGAACCCUGCAACUUCUUCAAAUCCGCCUGCUCAGAAUCGCAUGCGCUAUAACAUUAACACAGAGCGUGUACCCUCAGUUGGUCAAAUCACCUCAGCAAACAACUUUCAAUCAAACUCAACAACAGAAUCAAAGAACGGGUUGAGUAUUGUUUUCAUUGAAUUAAAUUUGAUAUUGCUUCAUAUGAUUAACAUUCUCUGCGUUUUUUUAAUCCGCUGGUGUCGUCGCUUAGUACCAAAUGGCGAAGUGUCUUCCAAACCGCAAUCAUCAGCGAAGACAGCUUCCAAAUCUAACAUCACCCCGAAAUCGAAUGGGCUCAAACCCCGCCAGCUACCCAACGCGGCGACUGGAAAAGCGUCUACACCGAAACCUGCUGCCAGCUCAUCUACUGAAAAGAAAGCCACAACUACUUCGAAUGAGAAUUCGACAACAAGAUUGAAGGGAGGGUUGAGUAUUGCUUUACUUGAUUUUUCAAAUAAAACAAUGCUCCAUAUGAUUGACAUUCUUUAUAUUUUUUUGAGCACUGCGAGUCCGACCAAAAUCCCUUUGUUUCAACACGUAAAGCCUACGAGCCCAACCGGAGCAGUGUCUUCUAAAUCACCGGUAUCAAGCAAAUCCAGUGUGAUCUCGACGUCAUCGUCACCUGCGAGGCCGUCUCGUUCUUCUACUUCGUCUGCAGCUACUCGUACUACUUCUUCCCCCAAGCCACCUGCUACUAUAUCAGCGCCAGGACCUUUAAAGUCUCCAUCAUCGCAGACAUCAACUAAAGUGUUGCCUUCAACGUAUUCUCGUCACCCUUCUCUGACUCGGGAUUUCUUACAGCCUUCUAAAGCACCCAUUUCUGUCUCAUCCAAUAAGCAAACCCCUCCGAUCACUUCUUCAAGUUCCCGACGUGUAACUAGCACUUCUUUGACUUCCACUUCUUUGAUUCCGAGGCCAACACCAAGCUCUGCUAUCAAGUCUGUCAUGUCCUCAAGUCGAUCUCCGACGCAGCCGACUACUUCUUUGCGUCCAGUUUCGAGCUCACCAGUUCGAGUGAGCUCGAGUAAGAUUGCCCCUUCGACUGUAUCAUCUUCGAAAGCUACAAAUACUCCAUCUCGUCUUAGUGCCUCAUUAGCUCCCUCUCCAAGUACGUCCACUCAACCCCGGCCAACCGUACCAACACCGUCGAAGAGUUCUAUCAAUAAGGUCUCCUCGUCAACUUUACCUUCCACUGGGAUACCUAAAGCGACAUCUUCUGUCCUACCUUUGCCUUAUAGUGCAAGUAAGAGUAUACCCAAAGCGUCGUCUUCCCUCUCACCUUUACCUUCUACCACGAGCAAAAGUAUACCCAGACCAACAUCAUCUAUCCUACCUUUACCUUCUAAUACGAGCAAGAGUGCAUCCCAAUCAUCCUCAUCCUCAAGUGCAUCUUUACCCAAGACCAGUAGUGGAUCUCUGACAUCUACUAUCCCAACCCCUUCAUCAAAACCUACAAUCCCAUCAGAUAUCAUCACCAGAUACGACAACACCAGUGCAUCACGUAAAAGAGGAUCAAUAAGUCCCUACAUAAACCCCGGAAGUUUCUCAGCCUCAUCAACAAACUUUAUCCCAAGUCGUAUAAACCUAUCCAACAAAAUCACCCAAAUCAAAACCGAAUAUACGAAUGGAUUUGAAACAAACUCUACCAGUGGUUCUUUUGAUAAAUCGUUUGGUAAAGGUGGUUUGAUGACCAAAUGGCAAUCUUCUGGUGAAUUUAGUCAUGGUGGUUGUGAUCUUUCUUUGAUUGGUGUGAAUUUAAUUCAAGAUUGUUAUAGGAUGAGUUUAUCUGGUGAUGUAGAUAAACAUUUAGGUGAUGGUUCUUAUGCUACUGCUAGACAAAGAAUCGAAGUCUAUGUAGCAGGAGUAGUAGAUUCAAGUACAUGGGAAUACAGCUGGAAGGCAUUCCUGGCUACUUCUACUACCACGACUACUUUCUUUCAUCUAUGGCAACUUUUAACACGCGGAGGUGGAGGAUUAAGUGGACCGGUAGUCACACUGGAAGCUUUGAAUGGAAAAGCGAUUGUGAAAGAUUCGGUUAGAUGUUCAAGUGGCUGUACUGAUGUUGAUAUUGAUCAAUUUUCUCAUCGAUUAAUUCAACAUCAAAUGAUAGUAAAGUAUGGUAAUGAAGGUAGAAUUGAAUAUCAAGCUUUUGAUGCACUUUCGGGUAUUAAUUUAUUAACUUAUAAUGCUACUGGAUUCAUGGGAAAUCUUUCUACUUCGAUUAAAUUCGGUCUUUAUAGAAGAGCUAAUCCUGAAAUGGGACCAGCAACGAUGUAUUUUGGUGAUUUUAUGGGAAAGAGAUUAGAUUGA